GAUAUAAGCAGCCUUCUUUGCCUACUUUGCUCAAUCAUAACAAAUGUUCACAAAACGGGUAUUUCGCAAAUCAUCAAGACUGAUCUGUUUGUCUUGCUUUCAUGGGAGGGGACAGUGACCUGGCUUCUAGAUGGCCCGUGAGUUAAGCUGAAGAAUAAAGGCAGCGGGGUUAUUUUUAGCGCUCUACAGGCAUAAAAAUACAGCACGAAACUGUGACCUACAGCUACGCACGGCACAGCAGCGCACCACGCGACCGUCUCCCCGUAGCCGGGAGCGCAUCCGUGCUGCCCCGCACUGUCGCUCCGCUUCAUUACCAAAGAGAAGUCGGAGGCAUUUAGGACCGGAGCCCACUGCCGCUGGCAUCUUUCUCAAACAGACGGAGCUACGUUCAGAAGGUAGACCGUUCUGUAAUUCGUGCAGAAGACUUCAGUGGGUAAAUAAGGAGGCUCACUCCUUCCAACAGGGGCCACAGCCAGGAGCCCAGCGCACGCCCGAGUAACCACCGCUUCGCCACUAAGUCAAGCAGAGCUGCUGGCAGACCCAACGUACCAGGCUAAAAAUGCCACUUUUUGGCUGGAUGAAGUGGCCAAAAUAUGAUUCCUACAAACCCACACACUACCCCGGCUCCGAAGCCGUGACGAAGACUCUGCUUCGGGAACUGAAGUGGCAUCUGCAAGAGCGAGAGAGAUUAAUACAAGAGAUCGAAAAUGAACAGAAAGUGAGAAAAACAGGUGUGGAUUACAGCUGGCUGAGAAACUACCAGAAUCCCCACACGACCAUCCCUGCCACCGAACAACGACAACUUGAAGUCCUUUGCUCCCAAGUUCAGCCUUGUCAAACUGGAACUAUUCUCAGCAGAUUUCGAGAAGUUUUAGCAGAAAACGAUGUACUGCCAUGGGAAAUAGUCUACAUCUUCAAGCAAGUUCUGAAAGACUUCCUAACCAGUUCUAGCAAAGGUAACCAGCAAGAAGGCCCAGAAGAGUCAGGGAACACAGAUUGUCCCAUUCCGUCUGUGAUCCUGGGGACAAGCUCCAGGAGUUCCGAUAAAGACGAAAUACCCACGAUUUCCAGCUACGUGGACAAAACCACAAAGAACAGGUUCCCAGCGUUCUCACAUAGAAUAUGGAACCUACCCUAUUAUUACCCAUCGAGUUAAGUUACUUAUAACCGGAAGAGUUUUUAUGGCCAUCUUUAGAAGAAUUCUUAGUAUUAAGAAUAUGAAAAAGUAAUGUGAUUUCACGUUUCUCUGUUGCAAAGUCAGAUGUUAAGUAGUUUUUAACUAUGCAUCCUAUGUUUUAAAUAGUGUCCCUU